UUUUACUCUUCUCCAUUCAGUAUUUGGUUUACAUCCAACUCCCAUUCAUGGAGGAUCUCCGACAGUUUACUUUCACUUCUUUGAAGAAAAGUAAGAAAGGAACAGCAUCAGAGGAACAGUUAUCAGCCGUGGAUGCUCUGAUUGAUUCUAUGAGUUUGGUGGUGGAUGAUGGUGAAGAAAUAGAGGAUCUCUUCAAAGUCAGUAAAAUUCCCAAUCCUCACUUUCAGCGGUUGUUUCAGUGUCUUCAUUACAAAGCGUUUCAACCAGAUAAACCUCUGCCUUCCAUAGACCUUCAUCUGAAGACUAUGUUGGACAGGCCCCAGGAACUGAAUGCUUCCUGCAUAACAUCUUUGGAGCAACUAAAGAAGCUUUUCACUCUGCAAGACUUGGGCAAAAAAAAGGAACAAAAGAUUGCACAGCAGAUUUUCAAAGACAGGUAUGAUUUG